UUGGUGUUCUGGACCGAGACCUGGAGACCAGAGAGCUUCUACGACAAAAUCUGUAAAAACAGAACAGCUGGACUACACACACUGUGUCUGCUGGAUAUUAAAGUGAAAGAGCAGAGCAUCGAAAACAUGAUGAGAGGGAAGAAGAUCUUCGAGCCGCCUCGCUUCAUGACUGUCUGUCAGGCUGCAGAUCAGCUGAUCCAGAUCAUCCAGAGGAGGAGGGGGCAGGGGGAGGAGCUGGGUGUGACGGAGGACACGGUGUGUGUGGGCGUGGCCCGGCUCGGUGCCGACGACCAGACCAUCCGCGCGGCAACGCUGCGUCAGCUGGCGUCAUGUGACCUGGGCGGCCCGCUCCAUUCGCUGGUGGUCACCGGGCGACUCCACCCGCUGGAGGUGGACAUGCUGCGAGUGAACGCAGAACCAAACGCACUGCAGCACCUGCACAUGAUGGACAGCUCCACCUACUGCUCCUAACACACACACACACACACCUCCACCCAACACACAGCUAACACACACACACACACACACACACACACACCUCC